CUCUCCGGGGCAACUGUUGAUCAACAACUCUGCCCCAACCUUGCACAUCAACUCAUUUGAAUCACAUGGAUAAUGCUCACCACUUCAUAAGUGCUAGAAUGGACCAGCUGGGUAUAUAAAGGGAGCUAUGUUUCGCAGGGAAACCAAUUCUGAUAGUCAAGGACAAAGCCUUUCUGAACGUAUUGAGUAAAGAUAUAGCUGCCCCCUAAUUCGGUGAUUCAUUAAGCCUGUUUCAGUAACUGUUAUUAGACAGAGAUUGAAUAAUAAAACCCAGGGAAACGAAGACUGGCGACAGUUUUUUCACCAGUCCCCCCAGAACCUAUCUGGGUCGUUCCGAAGUCAUGGCUGACCACAAGAAGAUAUUACUGCGUCCCCUUUUCCGCCGGGAUGUAAACUGGGAUCCUUUCUGUGAGUGGACUCAGCCUGCGCACAUGAUCAUGGAGCAAGACUUCGGCCUCCCUCCGUUCCUGGAUGAAACUGACGUGAGCUGGAUUAACUGGGCUAGGAGGAGACUGGCAUCCUCAUCCUGGCCGGGUUACACACGCAGCGCCAUCCUCAUCCCUGGAACUAUUCCCUCUGCUGCAGUGGCUCCCCAGACAGCAGCAAAGCUUUCAAAACGGUCUGAAGGAGUGUCAGAGGUCACAACAGGACUGGACAGUUGGAAGAUCACGCUGGAUGUCAAUCACUUCUCACCGGACAACAUAUCAAUCAAAACCAAGGGGGGUUACCUUGAGAUAGCAGGUCAACAUGAAGAAAGGGAGGAUGAACAUGGAUCAGUCUCCAGGUGCUUUACAAGAAAAUACAAGCUGCCCCCUGGUGUGGACAUGCAGCGCAUCAGUUCAUCUCUGUCUGGUGGAGUCCUCUUAGUAGAAGCGCCCUUACCAGGCUCAGACGGCGCCAUCCUCCCCAGUGACAUGGUCAUCCCCAUUCAGAUUAAACAUGAACAGGAGGGGAAAGAAUGAAUCCAGUUGACCAAGAGUCGAGAUCCCUUACAAUUAAAUUACACCUUGGAGUGAGCAUAGUGUGAUGUAUUGCUAUUGAAAUACUACAACUUGAUUUACUCUCACAGUCACCACAAGCUUAUUGUAAUUAUGUAUUGUGUUAACUCUUUUCCCAAAAUAAUCAACACUGUUUGAAUAUUUUAACAGUUGUCAUGUUAAAGAUUAUCUGGGUAAACUGUGAACACGACUAAGCCAGAAUAGUUAUAAAAAGCUAAAAUCUAAAUUUAACGAUUUCAGUGGAUUUUACCAUUUUAAUAAAAGCAGUAAUCAAGCCAUAGAAAAAUUACCCGAAUUGAGGAGAGCUGGGGGCUCUUAUGUAUGUUUAGUCAAUGAGCCAGAUCCUAGAACUGCAGCUCCCAUGGCUAUUAGCAUACAAAUGCUGCUAAAUAUAUCCUUCUACUUUCAAUAAAUAUUUUAGUAUAUUCUAACAUAAUAAAAAAAAAAAUCAUCUAAUUUUGUUAUAGCAUUUUCUUUUAUUGCAGCACCAAUUCUGUUUUUGUAAUGUAAAGACUGAAGUGAACAUAAUACACAUGCUAUACCUAGUAUUCAGUUGCACCGCCUUUGGCCAAAAUAACUGCAAAUAAAAGCUGAAUUUAGCAAUCAGUGAUGUUGCUCUACCUUUCUACUGACAAAUUGGCCCAUCUUUUAGCAGUUAUAAAUGUGAUUUAGAAAUUGACUCUUUACUGGAGACUGUAAGAGAAUGCGACGUUCAUUCUUAGCCAUGUAUGGGUGCUUUUUGAUGUGUGAGUCGUUGUCCUACUGAGAGACCCAAAACCUUCAGUGGAGACCUAGUUUAUGGUCAGCAUUGCCUGGGGAAAGCAAGGCGUUGUAUAUAAUAUAUAUAUAUAUAUAUAUAUAUAUAUAUAUAUACACACAUAUAAAUACAUAUAAUAGAAAAUAAA